AUGAUGCUCUCCGUCAUUUUCCAGGUGACCUGCAGCCUGACUGCCUGGCUCUCCCUCUACGCCUGUUUCUGCUAUUGGAAUAAGCACCGUACUUACGAGUGGAGUUGCCGGUUGGUCACUCUGAUGCAUGGGGUCGUUGUCACCUGCCUCUCUGGCUACGUUGCUUUUAUCGAUGGCCCCUGGCCUCUAACUCACGCAGGGACGCCAAACACGCCUCUCCAGGUCCGUGUGCUGUGCCUUACCUUGGGUUACUUUAUCUUUGACCUCAGCUGGUGCAUGUACUUCAAGACAGAAGGAGAUCUCAUGCUGUCUCAUCACGCGCUGAGUAUUUGUGGCAUGGUGCUCGUGCUGGGGCUCGGCAAGUCAGCCACCGAAAUCAAUGCCAUUGUCUUCGUCAGCGAGAUCACCAACCCGCUGCUGCAGGCCCGCUGGUUCCUGCGGGAAACCGGGCACUACUGCAGCUUCAUUGGGGAAGUGGUGGAUGUCUCCUUUGUGGCUCUCUUUAUGGUGCUGCGGAUUGGGGUGGGAGGCCAAAUCAUGUAUUCUGUGAUUGUCUCCUCCAGACCCAUAUGGCUACUCAAGGCUGGAGGCCUGGCUAUGUACAUAGUGUCCCUGGGGUUCAUGAUCGAAAUCUGCAGCUUCGCUAGGAGGAAAGUGUUGAAAAAGUACCAUACCUGGAGGAGUGUGAGCGGCGGGGACAUGCCCCUGAAAACAAAUGGGCAUCUGACACCUCAUUAACCUUGAGCUGAAUGGACUAAUGUGUCUAACCUGGCAAUAAGGGACUGGGAAUCCUGCCCUGGGCAGUCGAGUUCUGAGAGCGAGAACUGUUCAACACCAGCAAUAAUGUGAAAUGGACCGUUUAGUAUUGGCUGUCACGAGCUGGAUGAGCCGGAAUCAGAUGAUGCUGCAUGUGUCUAGCAAAUGCUGAUGGGGAAAGGGAAUCCUACAGAAGGGUGUGACGGUACUAACUUCUCCAGCACUGAUGUGGUCUCAAAAGGGAGGCUAGAUACCACUCGAGCUGUUCAGUCUGCUCCAGGCAAACUGCACAGUCCAGGCACACUUUGUAACUCCAACUUCCUUCUCAGAGGCAGUAGGUCUGUGGGGAGUCUUUCCCAAGCUACACAAUAACAUAAUGCACACUUGGACGAGAGGCACUGCACGAAUGCCAAGUAUUUAUUGUGGUUGAGCCUGGUAUCUUUAGAAGCAAAGUUGUUUUUUGAAGGGAUGGGACUGUAGUUGGGCUAAUAACUGAGGCAAUGUCUUUGCAUGGUUGCUUUUCAUGAAAUGCCUCUUCCCCCUUCAUCUUGCUUCUGCUAUUGGUAUUUAUACUCUCACACAACCCAAUUCUGGUCUUAUUUGUAGCAAUGUAACUUCAGUGGAGUUACUCUGCCGUUGCACUAGCAAAAGUAGGAUCAGAAUUGGGCCCAUCUGCUCAGUACACUUCUUUAUAGAGAGGUGUUCCUAUGGAAUGGUUCUCGUUGGCCGUCUCGGCAAUGCAAGACAAUGGAUUGAAGGGGCUAUGGAGAUUGAAACCCACCCCUCACCCUGCUGCUAAAGGGAUCCUUUCAGGGGAAGGAUAAUAGAGGAGAAUCUUGUCCUGAUGCCAUACUUGCUCUGCACAUGAACCAUCUCCAGAGGUGUGAAGCCAGAAUCUUUCAUUAGUGCUAAAGUCACAUGAAAACCAGACACUGUUUUGCAGGUGUGACAGUUAAAUGUCUGUGUGCAAGUGUGUAGGCUUCAAUGCAGUGCCCCUUCCCGGGCCCUGCCCUGGAUCUGUCGCAGUGGGCUCCAGUAUGUUUUAAUCUCCCUGCACUUGAUUUCCCUCUGGCUUUACUGUGUGGAUUGCACUAUGCCGGAGACAGCAGCUCCCUUUUCAGCUCUGCUGUAAAACCUCUCCUGACGAAUGGCCAGGUGUUGGCCUCAGGCUACCUAGAUUGAUUUCCCUGCCCCCUCUGAAAUUUCAUCAGGCUGGGGAGGGUGAGUUUCCCCCUGCUCUAUCAAAGCCAUCGUGUCACUGCUGCUGGGGGAGUUUGAAGGCAGGAUGAAAUACUAUAGUGGGGAAUACAGCUCCUGUGGUGAUCAAGGGUCUUCUACCCCUCACCCCCUUAUUGGGAGCCUAUUGUGGCUGCCCCACUUUGCGCUGUUAUCUGCCUUGGGGUUGAGGGUGGGGGAAGUGGUGCACUCAGGGAUGGGGAAUGCACAUGUGUGAGAGGUGGGGCAGUGAAGGAGAGUAAGGGGGGGAGACUCUCGUGGGGGCAGGAAGGAAACCUGCAGUUGCAAGGAGAGAUGAAAAACAAAGGGGAAUUGGAAGGAAAAGCAAUGGAAGGUGCAGCCUCAAAGGUGGUUAAAUUUAUUCUGACUGCGUUAUGGCUGGAAAUACAAAUGGAAUCUUCAAGGAAAUACACAUGCAAGUCAGCCGGAGUCCUUGGCUAUGCUAAGGCUGUGUGACAGACUAGCAUGAGGCAUGAACUCCUUGCCUGAGUUUGAUUAUUAAUGCUUCAGGCUGAUAAGAUUUGUAAUAAAGUGACCGUCUUUUGUAGCAUAAAUUUGCUGUGCACAGUCUCUCUUUAAACACGGGAUGGGAUGGUAGGACCCAGUACUGCUGUGACUCAAGUUGUGGCUUGCUUGCUGACCUCUUUCCUAAGGCAAAUGCAUUGCCUUGACCUUCUAGCUGCUGUACUCCAGAACCUCUUUGGGUCCAGGUCUGUAGGGUAUGGCUUAAUGGCCAAAGCAUCUCUGUGACAGAGGACUAGGAGCCAAGUGCUAGCACUCUGACCACUAUGGUAUUUGCUAUUUCCCUCCCCUCCCCUGGGUGUGGACUUGAUUGGAAGAUGGGUGCUCAAUGGCUUAAUUAGGCAGGAGGCUGAUGAGCUAAUCAGAACCAUCAACUGGGAAGAGCUAAAGGAGAAGAAGGAAGAGGAAAAGUUUGGCAGGUCCAAGGGAUACAGGAUCUCAAGCAAGGAGACCUUUGUGUCUCACGCUCCGGAGAAUGGGCUAAAGUGUCUACUUGUAUGUUGCUGUAGUGAUGAACGGGUGGAGGGGAUGAAACAGGUGGUUAUAAAACUAGGAAGCAUCCAGCCUGUUUUUAGUCACCCAAAGGACAGAGGAGAUAGGCCUCUUACCAUCAGCUUUGGGACACCUAGACUAGUUCCUCAGCAGGGCCAAUAUGGUUCUUAGAGCAAGCACUAUGCAGUGUGUGUAUAGGUUUUGGGGGGAGUCUUAGAUGAGACCUUUAAACUGAGGUUCUUACUGGGAGGAAAGGUCAUAUGGCUCUUUGCCUAAAGCAGAGGUCUUCUAAAAUUCCCUUCUUGUUCUGAGUGUGCCCUGUGGUCCACUGCUGACUUCCAACCUAGAGGUGGCUGUUUUUUAGGAAAACAUGGUAAAAUGCUUUGGAAGGGACACUCAAUUAACAUUAAAAAGAGGGACUAUGUGAGAGGCCUUUGUGUCCCAAUGUCCUCGUGCUAGCAGCCCUUUAUAGUUCUCCAUAUUCUCUUGCAGGUGUAAGAAGAUGGUGAAGUCUCGUAAUACACCAUCCCCUUCCCAAACUAGCAACUGCUGAUGGAUCUGAUAGUUUUGAAAUCACUAUUAAAUCUGCUAUUGUUUUGAGUGAUUUGAUCCUUAAUAAAAACAAGCUGGUCCCCAGAACAAUGGGAUACGUGGCAGAUAAAACUACAGGCUUUUUUUCAAAAGGAAGUGCCCAGAAAUCUUCAACUAACUCGGCUUGUAAUUUGAGGGGGGCCAACCCAUAAACAUUUCGCACUGUUUGACAAGAAGUAUCUUUGAGAUUUAUAAGUCCUGCAGGCUAACAAAUCCAGUGUUCUAUUACUGUGCAUGUUGCAACCCUCAUGCUAACUGGUAUUAUGAAAAAAGUUUAAAAUGUAGGUUGAAGGACAGUCUCCUGAUGAAAUGACUGUCCUGGGACUCUAGAGAUCUGGGUUCAAUUCCUGGCUCUGCCACACACUUCCCAUGGGACACUGGGCAAGUCACUUGUUCUCUGUGCCUGAGUUUCCCCAUCUAUAAAAUGAGUAUAAUUAGGCUUGGAAGAACUAGAUUUUUAUUGGUAAAUUUCAAUUUCACUGACUACACCAAAGCUGACAUUUCCAUCCAUAAAAAGCAACAGAGGGUCCUGUGGCACCUUUGAGACUAACAGAGAUUAACACGGCUACCCCUCUGAUACUUGAUUUCCACCCAUAACAAUCAAUUUAUAGAUAGGCAAAGAGAAAUGCUGCUUGAGAACUUUUCAGAGCUUAAUUUAAGGAUGUUGACUUUGUAUGUUUUGAUGUGAGAUUGACCAUUUGUGUUUUACCUGUUAUAAAGCGUUCACUUGUUGAAUCUCAUCAUCUAUUAAAAUAUUCCUCCUAAUUUCCUGCAACUGUGAAAAUUUGAUAAACAUAAAAAACUUAAUCAUAACUUUGUACAACUGUGAAAAUGUAAAUUCAUGCUUAAAAAUAAACAUCUGUUGAAAUUAUUUUUAAAAAAUCAAAAA